AGCUGCCAUGUGGCGACCGUCAGAGACAGAGGAGAGGUGACACGGCUCUUCGGACAGAGUCUGACAGCUACAAAGUCUUCUUGGUCUGCUUUCUCUACCUGGCUGCCUGUCAGUUAAUCAUUAGAAACAUGCUGACCACUCUGUUUUUCUCCCUUCUGGUGUCUUCUGUCGUUGCCACAGAGAAAGAUAGUGCCCUUCCCAGAUUGACCGACACCAAAGCUGCUGAGGCCUUCAUCGACUCUGCUGAUGUGGUGGUCAUCGGAUUCCUGGAGGGAGAGGAGAGCAAAGGCUAUAAGGAACUGGUUGCAGCUGCAAAGCGAGUCGAGUCAGUCCCUGUAGCCAUCUGCACUGAGAAAGAGGUGUGGGCGGACUACGGCCUCUCCUCAGACACCAUCACCCUCUUCAGAAAGGCAGAUAACCACCAGGAGAACCUUGUUACUGCUGAUGCCAAGAAAUUAGAAGCUGACGGUCUUGUGAACUUCAUCACCGUCAACGAGGUCCGAUACAUCACAGAAUACAACCAAGUGACAGCAGUGGGCCUGUUCAAUUCUGAGGUGAAGACCCACCUGCUGCUCUUCGCCAACAGGGGGACUAAAGAAUACACCGAGCUGACGGAGAAACUGCGAGCUCUGGCCCCCGAGUUCACAGGCAAGUUCUUGUUCGUGCUGGUUAACGGAGCAGUCAAGUCCAACUUACGAUCACUGGCCUACUUCGGCCUCAAGUCUAACAACCUGCCGCGAGUUGGUUUGUACGAUGGCGACACUGACAUGAAGUGGCUGCUGCCUGAGGGAGAGAUCUCUACUGAGAGAGUCCGGGAGUUCUGCCAGUCCUUCCUACGAGGGGAACUGAAGGAGGUGAAGCAGGCGGGAGCAGAGGCUAAAACAGAGCUGUAGGACUCUCAAGCAAAUGUUAAUACGUGUUCAAUAAAAGAAUAAACAGAAAAA